AUGUUAGGUGGACUGUCGCGCCACGCAAAUUUAAUCCUUCGUCGGCACAAGGGUUUACGAAAAGAAAAUGUUGACUUUGGAGUCUCUAUAGAGCAACGGUUCCCGACCUUUUUUUUUUCAGGCGACCCCAACCAUGCACCUCCAGACAUGACCGCGCCCCAGUCUGUUCUGCAAUCAAAUGUAAAAAUAGGCAACAAGCAACGCCUGAUUAAAAUGAAGAAGGAAUUUGGCGAAUCGGAGGUGACCGGAGUUCAGGGUUCGGGCUUGUGCUUCCUGAGAUCGGACGCACGGAAACACCAGCAGUUCCUGCACCCCAGUGCGAAGAUGGCCAUGCAACGCUUGUGCUACAGAAAACGUGAUAGUAAGAAUGAGAAACUUGUAAAAUACGAUUGUGAACUCAGGACUGUGCAGUAUGUUGCAGUAGAUUUUGAAAUGAAGGAAAGCCUCAACGGCCUCUUCCAGCUCCACAAUGUGUAUCACUGGCAGAGUAGGGAGGGGAAGAAGUCGUCUGUGGAUGACAUGGUCCUCCUCUCCAAGAUCACUGAGUCAGCCAUUGCAGAGAACUUAAAGAAGAGAUUUAUGGAAGACAAAAUUUACACCUACAUUGGGCCUGUGCUUGUUGCCGUGAACCCCUUCAAGCAGCUGCCAUACUUUGGAGAACGUGAAAUUGAGAUGUAUCAGGGUGCGGCACAGUAUGAAGUUCCGCCUCACAUAUAUUCUAUUGCUGAUACAAUGUACCGGAAUAUGUUGAUCGAUUCCGAUAGCCAGUGUGUCAUCAUUAGCGGUGAAUCUGGAGCAGGAAAAACCGUCUCUGCAAAAUUUAUAAUGAACUAUAUAACUCGCAUAUCUGGAGGUGGACAGAGAGUCCAACAAGUUAAAGAUAUUAUACUUGAGUCAAAUCCUUUGCUAGAAGCCUUUGGAACAAAGACAACAAGAAACAACAAUUCCUCAAGAUUUGGAAAAUACAUAGAAAUUCAGUUUUCUAGUGGUGGUGAACCUCUCGGAGGAAAGAUUUCAAAUUUUCUGUUGGAAAAGUCUAGAGUUCACUCACUCAAUGAGGGUGAGCGCAACUUCCACAUCUUCUAUCAGCUUUGUGCCGGAGCAACAGGUGACAUGAAAAACAACUUGGGAAUUUCAACACCGGAUUAUUUUUCCUACCUCAGCCAGAGUGGUGUGUAUAAGGUGGAUGGCACCAAUGACGCACACGAAUUCCAGGAAACACUCAGAGCAAUCAAUGUCUGUGAUGGUAUGGCGGAAGAGACGCAGAUGGAUAUCCUGUCUGUCGUUGCGGCCAUUCUGCACAUGGGCAACAUCUCUUUCGUAGAACAGAAUAAUGCAGCCACAAUUUCUGAUGCAGCCUUUCUGCAGUUCCCUGCCUCUCUUGGGAUCGACGAGCAGAAGUUAGGCCAGAAGCUUACCAGCCGCGUGUUUGACAGCAAAUGGGAGGGGAAGUCGGAGAGAGUUGACGUCACGCUCAAUCUGGAACAGGCUCAGUUUGCUCGUGAUGCUUGGUGUAAGGGACUCUAUUCUAGGAUAUUGAACUUUUUUCAGACUGUCAAUAAAGCCAUGGUUACUGAUGCCAACUUAUUCAGCAUUGGUAUCCUCGACAUUUAUGGAUUUGAAAUAUUGUCGCAAUGGAUUGAGCAGUUUUGCAUCAACUACGUGAACGAGAAACUGCAGCAGAUUUUCAUUGAGUUGACGCUGAAGAGUGAACAAGAAGAAUACAAGGCUGAGGGUAUUCAAUGGAAGCCCAUUGUUUUCAACAAUAAGGUUGUGUGCGACCUCAUUGAGAGCAAGAGACCACCUGGAAUCAUGUGCAUCUUGGACGACACGUGUGCUACCAUGAGUGCUGUUUCCGAGGGAGCUGAUGAUGAGUUCCGUAAUAAGAUGAGCUCACAGGUAAGACAUAAUCCUCACUACCAGCCUUUCAACCACGGUUUCACCAUUAAGCAUUAUGCAGGAAAUGUCUCCUACCAUGUUGAAAACUUCUGUGAGAAGAAUAGAGAUGUGCUUUUUACCGACAUCAUUGAGGUCAUGCAAGGAAGCACCAAUACAUUCAUCCGCAGCCUCUUCCCUGACGUGCUUCAAAAGGGGUCGAAGACGCGGCCAACCACAGCAGGCACGAAGAUCCGCACUCAGGCCAAUGAGCUAGUCACAACACUGAUGAAGUGUGUCCCUCACUACAUUCGCUGCAUCAAGCCCAAUGAGACUAAGAAGCCCCAUGACUGGGAUGAUCAGAUGGUGAAGCAUCAGGUUGAAUAUUUGGGUUUGAAAGAGAACAUCAAAGUCAAGAGAGCAGGAUUCGCAUACCGCCGUCCCUACCAGAAGUUCCUGCACAGGUACGCCAUCUUGACCAAGGAGACGUGGCCAGCUUGGUAUGGAGAGCCCACAGAAGGCAUAAACGUCAUAAUGCGCAGCGUUAACAUGGAUCCUGCACAGUACCAGAUUGGCCGAAGUAAAAUAUUUGUGAAGGACCCUGAGUCACUCUACAUGUUAGAAGAAUCAAGAGAGCGCAAGUUUGACCACUAUGCAAGAGUCAUCCAGAAGGCAUUCAAAAAAUACUUCAGUAAGCAGAGGUACCUAAAGGAAAAAAUGGCAGCUAGUGAUCUUCUAGUGAACAGGAAGGAACGUCGCCGGAAUUCCUUGAACAGAAACUUCUACGGAGAUUAUAUUGGUGUCGAGUACAAACCAGGCCUGACAGCACUGAUUCCAAGGAGAGAUAAGGUGGAGUUUGCGCUGACAGUUGACAAAUUUGACCGUAGAUUUAAGAAGACCAAAAGAGAUCUCAUCCUGACCAAAUCCCACCUGUACCUGAUUGGGCGAAUGCAGGUCAAGAAAGGGCCAGAGAAAGGUCAGAUCAAAGACGUAAUCAAGAGGAAAAUUGACUUGGAAAAUAUCUCUCAAGCCACUCUGUCCACAUACCAAGAUGACCUGGUUCUGAUCCACGUCCGGAAUGACUAUGAGUCAUUGCUGGAAAUACGCUUCAAGACGGAAUUUCUGAUGGUCCUUAACAACAAAUUAAAAGAAAGACAUAACAGAGAGCUGCCUCUGAACUUCAUUAACAGCUUUGACUUCCGAGUGAAGAAAACUGGAUGGGGUGGUGGAGGGACAAGACGAGUAAGAUUCACAGAUGGAACCACAGACGAACCCCUAUUCGCAUCUUCUGGUUCUACGCUGUCUGUCAAGAUUGCACAUGGUCUAUCUUCCACUUCAAGUGAGUGAUGUUUCAUAUAC